CUUUUUCACAUGAUGAAUACCAGCAGGUGAUUUUUCUUUGGAUUUAUUUGCCUUUGUAGUUAUAAAUCCUGGCUCCGGUUCUUAGAACAGUGGCUCACAAACUGGGGGUCGUAGUCCUCAAAGAGGUCACGAGGGCUCAAGAUGAAGGCAAAAAUACUUUUUUAUGUGAACGAUUAAAUGAAUGCCUUUGAAAUCGGUCUAAUCAAUCAGUCUGGAAAGGACGUUGGUUGAACUGCUCAAACAGCUAAGUGUACGCUCCGUCUGCCAGUACAGCAGACUACAACAGAGACUCACCGGGUUAUCCCUCCUCCAAACCUCCCAGCGCUGGCUUCUCAAGCUCAUUCUUCAUGCCAGACGGUCACCACAGCGGCGACCCCUGGAGCAGCAGCGGUAGCAGUAUGCCCCAGCAGGGUUACCAUGGCAGCAUGCUGGGGGGCGGGAACUCAGCCCACGGCCCCUCCCAGAGCUCCUCCUACUGCGGGAUUCACCCUCACGACAGAUUGAGUUACCCGUCGCACUCGUCUGCAGAUAUCAACUCCAGCCUUCCUCCGAUGUCCAGCUUCCACCGAGGGGGAGGGGAAGGAGGAGGGGGGGGCGGGGGCGGGGGGAAUCACUACAGCACCGCCUCGUGCACCGCUUCCACCAACGGCACAGAAAGCAUCAUGGCUAACAGAGCGCCGAACGCAGCAGCCAUCAGCUCUCAGACAGGAGACGCCUUAGGGAAAGCACUCGCAUCUAUCUACUCUCCGGACCACACGAACAACAGCUACUCGUCCAAUCCCUCCACACCAGUCGGCUCCCCGCCCUCCCUCACAGCUGCCAGUUCAGCUGUAUGGUCGAGGAAUGGCGGACAGGGAGCAUCAUCGCCAAACUAUGAGGCUGCUCCACUACACUCCCUGCAAAGUCGUAUCGAGGACCGCCUGGAGCGUUUGGACGAUGCCAUCCACGUCCUGCGGAGUCACGCGGUGGGGCCGUCGACGGGCAUGCCGAGCGGCCACGGAGAAAUGCACAACCUCAUCAGCGCCGCACACACGCACAACGGCGCCAUGGGAGCUCUGAACAGCGGAUACGGGUCAGGACUGAUGUCGGCCAACAGACACCUCAUGGGAGGCUCUCACAGAGAAGACGGCAGCAGUGUGGGCCCUCUGCGUGGGGGCCACUCGAUGGGGGGACCGGGGUCUCAGCUGGCGGGGCAGUCGGCCACCUCGCCGGACCUCAACCAGCCCGACCCGUACCGCGCCAUGUCCGGAGGCCUCCAGGGUCAGAGCGCCUCCUCCGUCAGCUCUGAGAUCAAGUCGGAGGACGAGGGAGACGAGAACCUCCACCACGACAGCAAGUCCCUGGACGCCAAGAAGGAGGACGGGGACAGCAAGGACCUGAAGUCCAUUGAGAGCAACGCAGACGACGAGGACUUGUCUCCGGAGCAGAAGAUGGAGAGAGAAAGGGAACGGAGGAUGGCCAACAAUGCGCGGGAACGUCUACGCGUCCGCGACAUCAACGAGGCGUUCAAGGAGCUGGGAAAAAUGGUGCAGCUGCACCUGAAGAGCGACAAACCUCAGACUAAGUUACUGAUACUGCACCAGGCCGUGGCCGUCAUCCUCAGUUUGGAGCAACAAGUCCGAGAGCGAAACCUGAAUCCCAAAGCGGCGUGUCUGAAGCGCCGCGAGGAGGAGAAGGGCUCCAUGUCCUCGGACGGCGCUUCGCUCUCAUUGGCCGCCGCUCACCACGCCGCCGCCACCAUGGGCGAUGGGUCCAACCCCCUGGGACAAAUGUCAAAGGUGCCAGAGUUCAUCAAGAUGAUGAGUGACCACUUCCUCUGACAGCGUUUCCCUGCAAUCGAUCAACCACGUUGUUGCUUAAGCCUGACCAAUCAGAUUCUCUUGAUCUUCGGUUUGACCAAUCAGAUCAGCCUCCUUCUCUCCUCUUGUCUGUCUCUUAUCCUGCUCUUCACCUUCGUCUUCUUCUUCUUUCGGGAAAACGAACUACAGCGUCACGUUAGACGCUUUUGUUACUUUGCAUCUCCAGCCGAAGUGAACUAGAUGCUACUUUGUGGAGAUGUUCAAUGGCCGCCGUAAACAUGGCUGCUGCAAAGUGGCCGUCUGUGGGAGCUUCUGACACAAAGUGACAGCAAUGGACAAACUUCUUUGGGAUCACAUCAUCCAAGAAAUUCUUCUUCUUGUACUUCUUGUUUUAUCAGCAUUCCCAGUUUUAAUGAACAAAAUGGUUCUAUAUAUAGUAUAUAUAUAUAUACGACAAAAAGGACAAAAAAGGACAAAGAACUUGUCAAAAAAAGGGCAACUGGACGCAGGGAGUUUGGAGGGUUUGUGUUGGAGCAACUUAUUCAGAACGGAGCAAAACAUAUCACAACGUGUUAAAGAAUUUUUGUUUUCUUUAAAGCAACAUUGCGCAGCUGUUCUUGAAUGCAGCGCGUCUCUGACUGAAUGGCAAUCUAACGCCACACUGUGGAUUAAGCUGUGCCUGAUCUCCUCUUGGAUGCCAACCAGUCAGAUAGAAACACACGGAGAAGCAAAGCAAGAGAAAUUAAAAAAGAACCGGAAAAUCCAGAAAGAAUCACAGAAGCAAGCGGCCCACUCAUACAUCCCCUUACUAGCCACACAUCACAGAUUAAAGUACAAUGUAAACAAUAUUAGGUCCUGAUAUGCCGUGUCAUUCAAGCAGAAAUUAAGUUUGCAAGCGCUUUUUGACUAUCAUAGAUAACUAGAAUCAAACGGGGCUAAACAGCAAAAACAUGGGCAACUCCUUCUUCCCCUUCUAAUGCAUUCCCUCCUAACCUACUAACAUUCACCUUAGAUUAAAAAAAAACGUGAACGUGUUUAUGUAUUUUUAGCAGUGUUGACAAGUUGACUUUGUUUAUGAAACAACUAAAUUGUACCUACUUCAAACCUUUUAGGAGGACCACCAUUUCAAAAAGGCUGAACAGUUGUAGAAUGUAUUUUCUGGAAGGAAGAGAAUACUUAAAGAAUCAAUCAGUUAUUCAAUCAAUCAGUGAGUGACUCCAGGCGGACCGGGGUGUUUAAAUUAUUAGAGGUAGAGGAAUUACAGAAAUCAAAAAAGAAGAAAGAAUCAUGCAGCAAUGAAGAACUGUACUCUUAGACGUGGCAGGAAGAAAAUACUUCUAUUGACAUCUUUGUUAAGGAUUGUUUGAGAAGGAGUAGGAAACACACCUUUGUUAGAUAUUCGUCAACAUGUGCAGAGUUUAAAAUCAUGUACAGGCCUUUUUUUUUAAAUCAAAAGAUUACCGGGCAGAUGGUUGAGAGCAUGGAGAGAUCAUACAAAUGAUACAUGGAUGACUGGAUUAGAGGGAAGAUGGCUGGACUGAGCACUGAAGUGAUUUAUAUUCCAUGUUUAGCACAUUCCCUGAAUCACCAAUGCUCUGCUUGAAUCGAGUGGUUCUGGAAGUCCCAAGCCCUGAACCAUUAGAGUUGUGGGAGUCAUAAGAAGAGAAAGGAAUGAAGUGGGUCAACAUCCCCAUGAGCUACUAAUAGAAGGGAGAGUAUGGACAAUAGAAAUGAGAGGUCUAAAUGAUAAUGAAGCUGUUGGGGAAGCAAGGGAACAAUCGUCAGGGUGAAUACUUUCUUCUGGGGGCCAAGCAGCAGAAGUCAAAGCAUUCCUGUAUUGGAUGUAUUAGUAUUCCCUGGAUUAGUAUCUCGCCAAUCAUAACCCUAAACUUCUACCCUCUUAGACUCCUCCCCUUCCUGAGUACGACCUUCAGGGACUAUCUGAUCAAAAUGUUCCGUCUUGCAGAUAACUGACAGGUUCAUUGUAGUUGAGGAGUCUGUUACUGGGACCUUACAUUUCCUUGACCUUGCAAUCCAGUUGCAUUGUUGAAAAACCUUGUGUCUUGUUUUCUGCAUAGCAUUGUAGAAACUAGAGAAUCAAGUAUACUUAAAUAUCCCACAGUUCCAAUUGGAUUUUUGUUUUUGGAAGACUACUUUCUGUUCUGUUUGGGUUUAGACGAGCUAAGCUUGUUCAGAAACAAAACUAGUUGCGCUCCUGAGACAUGGGACCCAAUUUAAACAGACCAUCGUCUGCUACAGUUAGGGUUAGCCCUCAGACACUUUCAGCCAGUCAUGGCCCUCAAAAUAAAACCAGUAUACUCCUGUGUCAUUCCUUGUGAGUCUGGUAUCAGUCCAGCAUGGGUUUUGCUCAAUAUACAUGUAAAUUCCAAACACUUUUUAAAUCAAGUGACAAGUCCAAUCUGCGAGCCAAACUUCUAAUAAAAUAUGUUACUUCAGACAAAGGGUUGCUUUGUGAUAGAACUUUAGAAAACUGUAAAAAAAUUAAUAAGGUCCGGAUAGGUCAUUAACAAAACCUUAAAGUGUGUUGCAUUGCUAAGUAUCAAGGUGUACUCCCCUCCAACAGGUGAAGUUAUUCGGGAAUAUCUGCAAGAACUUCCAUUGUUUUCUUGUAUUCAUCUGAAAGUCCCCUUUCACUUUCGUCCCAGUUUAUCCUCUCUCAAUCCAGGCCUGUGUUUUAUAUCCAGUCCUAGUUCUGUCUUCUCUGCUGACCCUAGCCUUAUGAUCCCUAAACCAGAGCCCGAGCCCCUCUUCCCCCCCCCCCCCCCCCAAGCAGACCCGCAAAUGCAAUUUGAACAUUCACACUACCAAUGUGCCUUUUAGAGUUCAUAUCAUUCGAGUUGCCAGAGGAGGACAUUAAACUGGUCUUUUAAUAGGAUGCAAGCUUAGGGAAACCUGUUCUUAGUCAUUAGGUUCUAUGCAGUCAGGUUUUUUACCAGACCUGGGAAUUUAAAAAAAGCUAAAAAGGAAAAAAAAGUAUUUUUUGGAUAAAAAAAACUAAACUGUAUUUAAUGUACUGUACGCUUAUAUGUAAGUAGACAGCCUGUUCUGGCUCUGAGCCAAUGAGACAGACGCUUGAUUUAGCAGGACAAGUCCCUAUCCCUGUCCUUCCCUGAGCCCCCCCCCCCCCCAAGUUUUCCAUACCCCCCCCUGGUCCUAGCCCCAGCCCUGUUUCCAUGGUGAACAACGCGUCUAUUCUUGUAUUAUAGCUUAUCAGCUUUUUAUCAAUAUUUGAUCGGCUUGUUCGUAAGCCAAUGUAGUCUUCAGUACAAAGUGUGUGGUCGUAUGUUGUAAAACAGAUUUUCUUUUUCCUCUCUCUCUCUUUUUUAAGAAGAAUCUUUUUUCUUAUUACUUUUUCUUUGUCUGUUCUGGUUUACAUGUCUAUUAUAGAAAAUGUAAAAACAACAAAAACAAAAACAAACAAAAAACACAAUUAGCUAUCUGACAGCACCGUUUCUGUCCGUGCUCAUUUUUGAUGCGUUUUUAAAUGCUACCCAAUCAACAGGAAGGCACGGAAACUGGAAAAUAAUCUAUUUGAAUAAAUCAAUCUAUAUAUAGAUGUACAAAAAAAUAUAUACGAUAUAUAAGGAGGGGUGCCAUUUUUUCUGUUAUUUUUUUUAUUUUAUUUUCCAGAGGAGUGUUUGCUUGAGGACUUAUUUUCUCAAAGAUUGAACUGGCAGACGUUGGAAAGGCCCUUCAGUGUUACGAAAUGUUCAACUGACUUUGUUGUGUUCUCUGUUGUUGCCAUAACAACACCCUCUGACUAGUACGGCAUCCUGCGCAGGACAAAAAUGGGACCGGAGCGUCAUCAGCUCCAUUCACUGCUCUCUAUCCAAGGCAACAACACACAGACGUUUGUAAAUUGUAUGCAACAAAAUGGCAAACUUUACCAUUAUUUUGAAAUUGUGUAUGUAAAAGUUAUAUUUUUACAUGUAGACUGUUGUUAUUUUGUGUUUUAGAAAUAUGUUGUAUCGGUUUUUUUGUUAAAAUAUGAAAAAGUAAAAUUCAGUGUGUGUUGAAAAAAUGUGUCACAUUGAAAAUGUAGUGCGGUCAAAAGUUCAGAAUAAUUUUUUUUUUAUUGUUUCAAACAUUAGGUUUAUAUCUGUGGGGUUCAUGGGAGGAAUCCGAAAACAUAAAAGAUAUAUGAUAUUUGUUUUAUUCUCCAUGCCUCAUGACAUUACCAUUUUUAAAUGUAUUUUUUGAAGAGAAUUGUGUAAAUAGUCAUAAAACUUUUUUUCUGUGGGGUGAAGACUUGCCAGUGAGAGGCGACGAUGAUGAUGAUCUUGUUUUCCAUUUUUAGUGAUUUUGUAUUCGUCCCGUUUCAGUAGCCAGGAGCCAACUGUUAGUAUGAGUCAGUGCUGUAUGUGGUUUAGGUUGACCAUCUGAAGUGGAAGUCAAAUUAUUCUCUGCACCAAGCAUCACUUGUGUCAGAGCCGGAUUAGGGCCUUUUUAGCGGCACAUUACAAAAUCAUUUCGAUUUUCAUAAGAAAAAACGCACUGGUCACUGACAAUAAAAAGCAAACCUUAGAGAAAGUGUCAAAGCAAAUGAACAAGAACACAGAUGAUAACUGAUAUGAUAACUGCAAAAUACACUACCUGAUUCUGUUAUGUACCUCAAAAAUGGUAUUGUGAUCAUCAAAAAAAGAAUAACAAAAUUACAAAUUGGUUAUAACAAAUAACUAACCUGUUUCAGAAGUAGCUAUAAAAAAACUUAACUGAAAUAUCCAAAGACUGUUCACAUAUUUAAAUACUUAAUUAACCUGGUAGAUUUGGGCUGGCUCUGACUCCUGUGCAUUUAUUCUCUUCACGAUGGGUUGUAAAUGUUAAUAAAAUGAAACCCCCUUAGCACCUAAUUCAAGAUUAAUAUAUGAAAAUGUUGUAAAAGAUUGGAGCGCCACUAAUAUAAAAAAAGCAGGUCAUCGGCAAACAAUCUUAUCAGCUAUUUCCCCAAAAAUGUAUCAGAUCAUGUGCAAGGCAGUUUCAAUCAAUCAAGCUUUUUUGUUAAAAGGAAAAGCUGCUUUGAAUCGGACCUUUAGGUAAAACACUAGGAUUGAAUCUGUCAGUGUAAGUGCUAAAUGUAUUUUUUACGUAAUGUUAUUUUUGCGAUGCUUCAUUUUGUAUUUUCUCUUUGUUGUAUAAUCAAGUCAUCUCCCGAAUUACAGUAUUUCAUUUUUAUGUUACCCCUGAUGUUUCUAUUAGCCAAAUUGAUACCUUUGUUUCUUUUCUCCCUUGUUGUACAUACAUGCCUCAUUUCUCUUUUUCAGUGACUGUGCCAUGAGCUUUGUAAUCUGUUACUCUGUACCAGUUUUACUGCAAUAAUGAGUUGAAUUCAAAAUGGCCA